UGUCUUACUCUUCUCUUUCCCAUUUUCAGAUCCAUUUCAUUCUUUCCCGUUUUCUUCAAACGGUUUCCGUCUCAUUCAUUCGUAACCGUAACGAUAACCGCCAUUUCAAUUUCUAGAUUAAAUGGCAGUUACAAGAUUCUCUGUUCUUCUUAUACUCAUUUCUUUGUUAGUCAACAUCGCUUCAUCCGCCGAUUCGCCGGCACCGGCGCCGCAUUCAUCCGUUAAAUCAUCUUCUCCUUCUCCAACUCCUGCUCCGAAUUCUUCUCCGAUAAGUUCACCGCCAGCUCCAACUCCAACUCCGGCGAACUCUCCUCAUUCCGAUUCGCCUCCAGCACCUUCACCGGAAAACUCUCCUUCUCCAUCUCCUUCUCCAGAUGAGGCGGAUGAUACAGGAGUUAGUCACACCGGCAUCGGAGAUGUGGACAAAAAAUCAUCCGGCGGAGGAACUAGUGCUGGCAAGAAAGCAGGGAUAGCGCUUGGAGUGAUCGCUGCUGUAGGUGUGGUUGCAGUUGGAGCGAUGGUGUAUAAGAAGCGCCGGCAAAACAUUCAGAGAUCUGAGUAUGGAUAUACAGCAAGGAGAGAACUCCUGUAGAAGCUUCAAUGGUUUUGCAUCUCUGAGUUUUUGCCGAAGGUGUAGUAAUUAGCAUAAUAGCAUUCGUAUACUAUUCUAGAAUCUAGAUUUAUUUUUUCCUUAAUUUGAUUAUUAUUGAUUAUUCGCAAUAAUCUCUGAAUGAUUUGAUACUGUUACAAUUUUAGGAAUUGCAAAUUUCUUUCCGUUCUCAAUCGUACUAGAUCUUGGAAAUUUAUCCGUUGUAGUCAUGAAUUUUAAUUG